CUUUCCUUUCUGAUGCUUUAAGUUAAGGCAUUUACACUACAUAUAAUAACACCCACUUGCUUGUUUUCCAUCACCCUUUUGAUUCUUCCUUAAUUACACUUAAAAUUGGAUCACGGUGCUCUGCAAUUGUUGGCUACAGUCUCUCUGUUGUAACCUGCUAAAUUUCUCUGCAGUACACUUCUUUGCUUUGUAUCGGAGGAGGAGGAGGGAAACCAUCAAGAGUACUCUGGAACUUGGAGUGUGAGAAUCUCAAAAGAAACUUCGGUAGCCUCUCCAAUGACAAAAAGGUGCUCAAUGAAUUGUAGAGGUUGUGUGGAUGAGUUUGUAAAGUAAAGAAGAGAAAGAUUCGAGAAGUGAGUAAUCGAUUUUACAAAGAGAAUCCAGAAGAAUAAAGCAAAGAAAUGGAUGUUGUUUCAGUUAUAGUAACCAUAGGAGGAUACUUUGUGGACCCAAUCAAAAAACAUUGUGGCUAUCUGUUUCACUACAAUAGCAACAUCAAGAAUCUUGAAGAUCGAACUGGGAACCUUAAUGCCAAGAUAGAUGGGGUGCAAUUAAAAAUUGACGCAGCAAAAAGGAACGGACAGGUAAUCUUACCUGUGGUUGAGAGGUGGGUAGAAAAGGCACGCAACAUCCUUGAUGAAGAUGCCGAAGCAAAUAAGAAGGGCUUAGAUGGUUGGUGUCCACGUUAUUCCUUGAGUAGGAAAGCUAAGAAGAAGACUCUGGAAAUUGAUGUACUACUAAACGUUGGACAAUUUAGUGAAGUGUCCUCUCCUCCUCCUCCGCUGGGAAUAGGAUCUUCAUCCAUAGAAGGUAUUAUGGAUUUUGAGUCAAGAACAAAAAUGAGGAGAGAAGUUUUAGAGGCACUACGAGCUGACAACGUCAAUAUGACUGCCAUAUGCGGUAUGGGGGGGAUAGGGAAAACAACAAUGGCAAAAGAGAUAGCGAAAAGAGCAAAAGGUGAUAAGUUAUUUGAUGAAGUUGUCAUGGCAGUGGUGUCCCAGACUCUAGACUUGAAAAAGAUUCAAGGUCAAAUUGCUGAGAUGCUAGGACUGAAAUUUGAUGAAGAGUAUCCACUUGCAAGAGCAGAACGAUUAAGAAAAAGACUAAUGGAUAGUAAGAGUGUUCUUGUAAUAUUAGAUGAUGUUUGGGAUGCAGUUGAUUUAGAGGCUGUUGGAAUUCCUUAUGGAGGUGAACACAAUAGAUGCAAAAUCUUGUUGACAUCACGAAGUGAAAACGCCUGCACUCAGAUGAAAACUCAGAAGAUUUUUCCAAUCAAAGUUUUAUCUGAAGAAGAAGCAUGUAAUCUUUUCAGGGAGAUGGCAGGUAAUUGUAUCGAUACUCCCAAUCUACACCCAAUAGCAAAAGAGGUUGCAAAGGAAUGUGGAGGUCUACCUGUUGCUAUUGUAACUGUUGGAAGAGCCCUAGAAAACAAAAGUGAAUUUGAGUGGAGUGCUGCACUUCAACAGCUUAAAAAUGCUAUCCCAAAAAAUAUUCCCGGUCUUGAUUCAAAGGUGUACUCCAGCAUAGAGCUUAGUUAUGGUUACUUAAAAAGUGAUGAAGCCAAGUCAUGCUUUUUGCUAUGCUGUUUGUUUGCGGAAGAUUUUGAUAUUUCCAUUGAAUUUUUAGUGAGGUAUGUGGUGGGAAAAAGGUCGUUUGCAAAGAUUGAUACUGUGGCAGAAGCAAGAAAUAGAGUACAUGCAAUGGUUAAGAAUCUCAAAAGAUCAUUUCUACUGUUGGAUAGUGACGAAGGAGAACAAAUUGUGAAAAUGAAUGAUGUUGUACGGGAUGUUGCAAUAUCAAUCGCAGAAAAUGAAGGUUUUCUCGUACGAUGUAAGGAAAAAAUGGAAGAAUGGCCAGAGAAAGAUUCAUGCGAGCGUUCUACUGCAAUUUCGCUUCUAACCAAAGAAUUGAAAAGGCAUCCCGAUGGCUUGGAGUGUCCUAAACUUGAGCUUUUGCAACUAGCAUUUGACAGUGACACUUCGCAGAUGCUCCCACCCAAUCUUUUUAAAGGGAUGAAAGGUUUAAAAGUUUUGUCUCUGUUUGGUAUGUCCUUUACAUCACUACCACAAUCAAUCAAUGUGCUUCAAAACUUUCGGACCCUGCAAUUUUUGGGUUGUGAGAUAACAGAUGUGUCAGCAAUUGGAGAACUUAGGAAACUAGAAAUUCUUAGCUUUAUUGGAUCUAAAAUCAAAGAGCUGCCAAGAGAAAUGAGAAAUCUUAGUUAUCUAAAGUUGUUAGAAUUGACAGAAUGCAGAGAUCUUGAGCGAAUUCCACCUGAUCUCCUAUCGAGUUUAUCUCACCUAGAAGAGUUGUACAUGUUCGGAGUAGAUGUGAAGUGGAAACCUAUGGAAGAGGAAGAAGAGAAAAAGGGAGCAAACGCAAGCCUCACUGAACUCAUGUCUUUGUCCUAUUUGGCGGCUUUAAAAAUUCAAAUACCAAAUAUUAAGGUCUUGCCAAAAGACUUGCCCUUCAAAAAUGAAACGAUAAAAUUUCAGAUAUUUGCAAGUGAUAAUGGAGAUGAUGAUUUAAACUAUUUAUUUGAAAAUAGUUUGGGACUUGCAAGCUGUGACCUAAGUGAUAUUGCGGAGAGGCAGAUGCUUCUUCAACUCUUAAAGAGAUCUGAAAUAUUAAGGUUGGAAAAAAUAAAAGAUUUAAAAAACAUUGCGUAUGAGUUAGACAAAGAGGGUUUUCAAUGCUUGAAGGUUCUAGAAGUUGUUGGAAGUGAUGACGUAGAAUAUGUAAUGGAUGCCACAUCAUAUCUGACUCCACAUGUUGCCUUCCCUAUCCUGGAGUCAUUGGAACUGGGGGAAUUGACUAAUUUAAAAGAGAUAUAUCAUAGCCAAUUCCCAGAUAGAGCCUCCAGCGGAGCUUGUUUUGGCAACCUCAAAUCUCUUCAACUAAGGACUCUACCAAGACUCAUUGGCUUUUGUACAGGCGUGGGUCCCGUUGAGCUUGUCCAACCAUCCUUGAAUCGAGAGGUUGGAAGGAUCGGCACUGAUGAAGUGACCAAUCUUGAAAAGCACAAGGUGACAGACAUUCAGCAACAUACUGGCCCAUUUCCUGAAUCAACACCCAUUAUCUCUCAUAAACUCUUCUCAUCCAACACCAUCUUGUGGGCACCGAAUUUAGAAAAUCUUGAAUUGGAGGAAGUUGAUUCACUAGAAGUGGUAUUUGAUCUUGAAGGACUGAAGGCCAUUGCAGUACUUGCUCAGUUGAAAACUUUAAAGGUAAAAAAUUUAUCUGAGUUGACAUACGUGUGGAAGAAUGUUCCACUAGGAAUUCAAGGCUUUCAAAAACUAACAUCCAUUGAAGUAAGUAGAUGUAAUCGUCUAAGAUAUUUAUUCCCAACUUCUAUUGCAAAAAUACUUGUGGAACUUCAAAGCAUUGAGAUAGAAGAAUGUUACGCAAUUGAAAACAUUGUUCAAAGAGAUGGAGAAGAAGAGGCAACGGAUAUCAUCCUAUUCCCUAGAGUUAGUUCCUUGAAACUACGAAACCUGCCAAAUAUGAUGAGUUUCUGUAUCAAAGCUUAUUCUUUUAAAUGGUCAUCCAUUAAGGAGAUUUAUUUGGAUUGUUGUCCAAAAUUGAAAACAAUUGGUUCAGAAAUUCAAAGCCCAAGAAAGUCAAAGAAAGUCAAUAGGGAAUUGGAUUCUAGACCCAAUGAGCAAGAACUUGGGUCCCCUAGCUUUCUUUGGCGAUGCCUUAAGUGUGUACCAUGUCGCAAAAAGUACGGUCUGAUGGCUGUGUCAGACCAAGGCACCACCAAUAAAUCCCAAAGAAGCUACUCUGUGAAGGAAGAGGUUACUUUGGGUAAACCGAAUGAUCCAAAAGUUAGUGAUAGCAAUAACCCCUCAGAGAUAUAGUCUCUUUUUCCAUCUCAUAUAAUUGAGUGCCUAAAGAAUCUAGAAUCGAUUGAAUUGAAUGAUGUCCCUUCACCGGAAGUUAUAUUUCAACUUGAGGAACUAAAUGUUGAGGAAAGUCACAUGGCACCAAUACUUGAUCAGUUAAGGGAAUUGGAUCUAAGUGAUUUACCAAAACUGAUGCACAUAUGGAAGAAGGGUCCGGAAAGGAUCUUGGGCUUCGGAAACCUGAGAUUGUUAAAACUAUGGAAAUGUGACAGUCUGACAUAUUUGUUCUCACCAUCAAUAGCAAAAUUGCUUGUGAUGUUAGAGGAAAUUAAAGUUAGUUACUGUGAAAAGAUUGAAGAAAUCCUUGCAAGAGCAAGAGAAGAGGAAGAAAAGGACAUUCUGUUCCACAAAGUGAACUCAAUCUUGCUCAAUGGCUUACCAAAUCUGAAGUGCUUUUGCAAUGAAGCCAAUGCUUUAGAGUGGCCAUCGCUGAAGGAAAUAACGGUAAGUAAUUGUCCUAGUUUAAGCACGUUUAUUCCAUCUAAGCUGAACACACCUAAGCUAGAGGGAGUAUACAAUGGCGAAGAAAUGUGUCCUUGGAUGGGAGACAUAAAUGCCACCAUAGAGCAACUUCAAAGGAAAGGAAAAGUAGGUGAAUCAUGAGACACAGCAAGAAGAGCAAAUUGAGACUAUCGAGAAGGAUAUGUGAUGCUGGGCAAGACAUACAGUAGGUUAUAUCAACUACAUGAUGUUCAACCUCAAGUUAGUAAGAGAAUAUGACACUGGGAUAUAUGAAGAAGGAAGCAGUUUCACAAAACUUAUGAGAAGCACAUCUAAAGCUAUGCUCAUUCCCAACGGGGCCUUAUAUUGUUUUCUUUUUGUCAUAUAACUAGCCGGAUCUAUCUUAUGCUAUUUGUAUAUGUAUUCUGAGAGCAACAUUGUAUGAUAAUACUCUUUUUGUUUUUGUCUAUGUUCAAUCUUUUAUCA